AAAUCGCAGAAAAACAAAUGCCUAAUUGAGAAAUUCAACCUUUGGAGGAGGAUUAGAGGAAUCUUAUCUCCACACAUAGUCAAACCGUCACGGCUCAUCUUCCCAUAGAUUCUUCAUUUUUUACCACGUAACUAUGGGGUUUCACUCUUUCGUGUUACUGUCUUCGAGGGAGAAAGGAUAUGGAAAAGAAAUUCGCGGACCGAUACUCCAGUUGUUGGUCGCUUUGGAGGCUGUCGGCUACAGAGUUUAAUACUCGUGCUUAGAAGCUUGCUAGUGCUGGAGAAGUUCAUGCAUUUGCUGGCAGAAAUCGACGAGUAAUAUGGGAAGUUAGAAGAAGCCAUGUGUGGGAAGCUACAGCUAGUCUUUGCUGGUGCAACGACGACUUGGAUUUACAACGCUCGUGACAUUGCUCCCUCAUGUCCAACUUACUCGUAGAUCGCAGCAUUCCACCUUCGCCGUCCAACCCCACCUCGUCGUGAACAAACCGGCAGCUGGUUCUCCCGUAAGAACCCACCAAUAAGGUCGUAAGAACCCAAACAAAUAUCAUUCACCGAGCAGCUUCUCCCGUAAGAACAAAUCAAAACAUUAUAAUUUUGAUUAAUAUGAGCUUUAGAGGCCUAAACUGUUAAGUCAAAGCUCGAGGUGAACCUAGAUCUACAUCUUUCAGUUUUUAUUUUUGUUCUAGGUCAAGUUUUACGAUUUACAGAGUGUGUUGGGUUAAUGGCACAACGGGGGUUGGUCCAUAAAACCCUCAAGGGACGCCCUACGAACGUCCUCAGAAGGCACGAGCGAACGAGUUACCUUUCUGCUUAUCCUGGCGAGGUUCAUCCCCAACAGGGCCAGACUCCCACUCCAAGGCCCAGGGGACGUACGUAUCGUGGCAUAGGCAGGUGCCUUGGAACAGGGGCAGAACCAGACGAUCGUCUUGUAGGACUUCAGACCCAGCAGGAGGUAGGAAGCAAGCUCGAGGGGACGAACGUCCCCACCUCUUGGCGGGAAGCCAAGGUCCUGGCAAGGGCAGCACCGGACGCUCGUCUUGCAGGGCUUUGGACCCAGCAGGAAACCGGAGGCAAGCUCAUGGGGACGAUUUGGUGGUUGCGCAUUUAAUGCAGAAGAUUUGGUGGUUGGGAUCAAGCCAUCCACAGCUGGGUUCAACGCAUCUAACUACCCAUUGGCGGUAUAAAUAGUAGCAUUUAUUUCAUUGUAAAUAGUCGGUAAAUGAGCAAGCCAAUACUAUAGCAUUAUAACAGCUCAUAGCAUAGCGGGAGAGGAAAGGCCUCUCGGCCUUGUACCCCCUUCAAUGUAAUAAGAAUUCUUAUUGAGCCUUCCUUGCUUAUUUCUUCAUCUGCUUCACUUUAUUCUCCAUUCGAAACCCUUGGGUCGUGUGUUGGGCCUAUGGGUUGAAGGAAUAAACCUUAACAUUGGCGCCGUCUGUGGGAAUCUGAUCAAAAUGUUCUUCCAAACUAAGCUCUCAGCUAAGAAAUCACUCUAAAGCAACUAAAAACAAGUAUAUCUGGCAGGAAACAGCGCAUGGAGCUCAUAUGACCUCUUUGAACGUCUAUCACGCAGUAGAAGGGCCCGCCAGCAGACGGCGGGCACCCAAUCCAGCAGCUUGUGGAGCUGUGGGGAUUUUGGGGUACUCACCGACAUGAUCCCCCAUGAGGUCCAACAGGAUCCGAAUGCCCUGCGGGAAAUGGCAGACACCAUUCACCGUUUGGUGGACGAACGGGAGGCAGAAUAUGUGUAUUCCGCAAGCACAGAGCAUACACCGCUCUCCUCUCUCCAUUCCAUACAGACGUUCGGUGAACGUACGGGCGAGAACGAUGAUUCUCGCUCAACGAUCCACACUAGGAACAUCCACUCUCCAGAUAUGGGGGGCACCGGGGGAGCCAGGUUCUCCAACGGGGCGCAGCACCAUGCGGUCCAAGACCGCACACUGGUGAUGCCGCGUAAUGAUCACGCGGCCCGGGAAAAGACCCCGUGAUCAAUGGCCUGAGGCAGGAGGCCCGUAUCAUCAACGGGCAGCGUGACACUGACGUUGUGCAUAAGGGGAAUGCCUUAGCAUUAGUAACCCUCGUAACCCCAGUCAUCGAUCCUCAAGAUGCGAUGCUCGUGGACCUCGAGAGGCAGAUCAAUGAACUGAGCCGACGAGCGGAUACUGACCCAGUUUAGCCAGGAUUGCACUAUCCUCUCCCUUCUCCGCGAGAAUCAUGGCGGCGGAGAUUCCAAGGGACAUUCGACCGUCCGGCACCAUGAGUUAUAAUGCGGCUGGGGACCGGAAAGCUCAUCUCCUUUCUUUCCAGGGAGGACUCUCCAUGUUGGGAGCCUCCGAUGAGGCCAUCUGCAGGGUGUUCUUCAGCACCCUCAAAGGGCCGGCACAAGAAUGGUUUGGGCAGCUCAGGCCUGGAUGCAUUGACAGCUUUGAACAAUUGUCCAGACAGUUCAAGGCACAGUUCGCCUUCAGCUCCAUGCCGAAGAAGCACUUCAGUUGGUUGACGAGCGUCCGCCAAGGGAAGGAGGAAACCUUAUCCACCUUUCCUCAUACGGUGGAGGGGUGAAACCCUGAAGGUCGAGGAACUCACGAAGUGCACGGGCAUCACUCUCUUCACCAACACACUUGUAACCGGGGAUCUUUACCUGGAUUUGAAGAGGAACCUCGGAAGCAGUUAUGCCGAGGUGCUAUCCAGGGCACAGAAAUAUGCGGCAGUCGAGGAAGAAAUUGCCCAACGGGAUGGGACGUCUGUCCUUGCAAGCCGCAAAAUGUCGGACCGUCUGGGGCCAAGGUGAUCAGACCCCCCGAAACAAAAAAGAAGAAGACGAGCGGUGCCUACGCCCCCCUGGGCGACACAGGAUCAAGCCACAUACGGAUGGCAUACGGAGGCAGAUCAUAUCCCUCUGGCGUUCACGGUGAGCCAAAUCUUUGAGGCCAUCAAAGACAAGGGAAUGCUCGAAGAGCCACCAAUUUCCGGUGAGCCAAUGGGCAGAACCACAAGGUUUGUUGCGAAUACCACCGUAAGACCAGGCAUAGCACGGAUCACUGCCGCAGCCUCAGAGCAGCCAUCGAUGAACUUAUCCGGAGGGGCUACCUCAGAGAGUUCACAGAGGGGCCGGGCUCCCAGAGCCAGAUGCAGCCAUACAAGAAGCCGCAUGCCUGGCGUCGGGACGGCCAGCGGGAGGCGGAUGUCAAAGAUGCUGACUACCGCCAUGCAGACAAACGGCCCGAGGGGUCCCUCGGGCCGGACGGCCACAAGAAGAAGUUGGAGAUCAAGUGAUCUUCGAGGAUGCGGAAACCGGGGAUACCCCUGCGGAGCGGAAAAGAGUUGAAGUACUCCGUCCGGCGACAGAGACUUCAGGUAUCGUCCAUUUUUGUUUUUGCAGGUCCAAACUAGACGACCGAAGUGGCUGACUACCUCAGGAAAGGGACCCCUCCCUUGGACCCAGAUGGCCGAUGAGCUGGGAGGGGUGCCCGGAUCAAGAGGCAAGCCCUGCGCUUCGAGGUUAUUGACGGACGACCGUAUAAGAAGACGCUCAGCGGACCAUACCUCAGAUGUCUCCCGCUGAGCUUAGCUACCGCAGCCAUGAAGGGGAUCCGUGAGGGCAUCUGUUCCAGCCACCAAGGGCCUUAGACGCUAGCGAGAGAUUAUCGUGCAGGGAUACUAUUGGUCGUACAGGGUAUCUAGAUAAUACGCUUGUUGGACGCUUUUUCCUCCACUAAAUGGAGGGGCGCGCCGCCGACAUGUGGAAUGUGGACCACUUGAAAAAAUCUUUCAAUGAAAUCAUGACACCGAAUUCCUUCCUCCCAAAAAAAGGGGAAGAGGGAGACAUAACUCCCAAAACCAGGGAAUCCCAGGGGAGAAACCCGUUCUUCAUCAAGACCAUCAGCCUUAUGUAGCGUAAGACCCAAGGGCAACACGGAUGAUCGAUGAGAAGAUGGUUGAGCGAAAACCGGUGAAUCCUAGGAGAUCAACCCGUUCUUCAUUAAUAUCAUUGGCCUCGCGCAGCGUAAGACCUAGGAGCAACACGGAGGACCGAUGAGAAGAUGGUUGAGCGAAAACCUGUGAAUCCUAGGAGAUCAACCUGUUCUUCAUCAAGAACAUCGGCCUCGCACAGCAUAAGACUUAAGGGAAGCACGGAGGACCGGUGAGAAGAUGGUUGAGCGAAAACCAGGGAAUCCCAUGGGAUAGACCUGUUCUUCAUCAAGAUCAUCGGCCUCGCGCAGCACAAGACCAAGGGACAGCACGGAGGACCGAUGAGAAGGUGGUUGAGCGAAAAUGAAGACCCCUAAGGAAAAGGGGGGAGGAGCACCAGGGAGUCCCGAAAGGGAUAGACCUGUUCUUCAUCAAGAUCAUCGGCCUCCCGUAGCGUAAGACCCAGGGGCAGCACGAAGGACCGAUGAGGAGAUGGUUGAGCGAAAACCAGAGAAUCCUAGGAGAUCAAUUCGUUCUUCAUCAAGAUCAUCGGCCUCGCGCAGCGUAAGACCCAGGGGCAGCACAGAGGACCGAUGAGAAGAUGGUUGAGCGAGAACCAGUGAAUCAGAGAUAAACUCGUUCUUCAUCAAGAUCACUGGCCUCGCGUAGCAUAAGACCCAGGGGCAGCACGGAGGACCGAUGAGAAGAUGGUCGAGCGAAGGAGAGUGACAUUCAAAAAACGGAAUUUGCCCACAAAAAGGCCGACCAUCCCCCCAGUGGCGACGCACGGCUUCAAUGCUCGAGGCACUUGGGGCAGCCAGGCAGCGCAUCUGGUGACUCUUCUACAGCUAUGUCCUCAUCGGAGAUUUACAUUGAGCAAUCAAUAGGUGACUCUUCUAUAGCUCUAUCAACAUCAAAUGUUGUAUUACUUGUAUCUAGGCAUGGUGUGAAUGCAGGUGUCAAUGCAGGGAGCUCCUCAAAUGUUGUUGUACUAGACAUGGUUAUAGAGGAAGAGGGUAUGUAUUUGCACAAUGGUGCUUCAUUUGUGGAUGGGCGGGCCAGUGAUGAUAAUGCUGACGAGAACAUCAAUGGUGAUGACAUGACAUCAUCCGAUGAAGAUGAUGGUAAUACUGUCAUGGCAACUGCCCCGUCUAGCCACUUAACUAGAAUAUAUGAUUUCCCUGAAGGCUUUACUGAUGUGUGGAUGAGUGGAGAAGGUAUGAAAAGGUUUACACCCGAAGGUGAGUUUGAGGUUGGUCAACAGUUUGACAACAAAGAACAAGUCAUCAAUAUGGUGAGCUUGUAUUCUAUCAAACAGAACCAAUUUUAUCGGGUGUUGGAGUCCGAUAAACACAAAUAGGUGGCAAAAUGCAAGAGGAAGAAAGAACGUGAUUGCCCAUGGAGAAUACGCGCCAUAAAGAACAAAGGCAACCUCGACAGCUUCAAAGUUGCGCGUUAUCCUGGACCUCAUUCUGUUACUUGUGUUGGCAACACCGACAAUACUGAUGACGUGGCGAUGACUUCAGAUUUCAUUGCUAAAGAUGUGAUUGACAUUCUUCGCAAUGAUCCCUCCCUUAAAGUGCAUACUAUCAUUGAGAUGCUGAAGGAAAAGUAUGGGUAUAAGGUAUCAUACAGGAGAUCAUGGAUGGGCAAGCAAAAGGCCAUUGCAGAAAUAUUUGGUUGUUGGAGAAGUCAUAUUCUGAAUUGCCCCAUUUUAUGACAGCGCUCCAACAUUCCAAUCUUGGAACUGUUGUUCAUUGGUACCCACCCCCUAGUAGUUUCACAGGUUAUAUGCAGUUUCAGAGAGUAUUUUGGGCAUUCAAGCUUUCAAUACAUGAUUUUAAGCAUUGUCGACCCAUACUUACUAUUGAUGGCACACACUUGUAUGGGAAGUACAAAGGUACAUUGCUCGUGGCUAUGGGUAGUGAUGCAAACAACCAAUUAUUUCUCAUGGCCUUUGCAGUUGUUGAUUCUGAGAAUGGGGAGAGUUGGCCAUGGUUUAUGGCAUGCAAAAGGGAGUUUGUGACUGAUAGGGAGUUGUGUGUCAUUUAUGAUCGACAUGCAGGUAUAGUCAAGGCAAUGAAUGAGGUGGACAAUACUUGGGAGGAGCCUUAUGCGCACCAUAGGCUAUGUAUCCGCCAUCUAGCAUCGAAUGUGCACACUCAUUUCAAAGACACUCACCUAAAAAAUCUGUUUGUAUGGACCGCAAGGCAACAUAAAAAAAAAGUUUGAUGGUGGGUUCAAGAAGAUAGGGGAAAUGCAGGUGGCGGCACGACAAUUUCUAAGGAACAUUCCCUUGGAAAUGUGGUCAUUACACCACGAUGGCGGUUACAGAUACGGUACCAUCACUUCUAAUGUGGCUGAGGUUUUCAACAGCGUGAUGAAGAAUGCCAGAUAUUUUCCCAUCACCACCGCUUUGGUCCAGGUUUCCUUUUACCACGUUAAUGCUUAUUUUGUUAAUAGGUGUGAAAGCAGUAAAAGAAGAGUGACAGAUGGCCACGACUGCUCCCCACACAUCACAGAUUUGAUUGAAAAGAAUAGUGAGAAGGCCAAACAUUACAUUGUUACUCCAUUUGAUAUAGGCCGAUGGAUAUAUCGAGUGGAAACGAGAUGUGGUGGCCGAACGUUGGGAAAGGGUGGGCAAAAACAAAUUGUCCAUCUACGGCGGCGUACUUGCACUUGUAAAAAGUUGGAAAUAUAUAAGAUUUCAUGCUCCCAUGUAUUAGCUGUGUGCAGACAACGUAGUUUGUCUUCUCAUCCAUUUGUGGAUCCUUUUUUCUCAUCUGACUAAUACGCCGCCACAUAUCAAAGAGUUUUAAAUCCAUUCCUGAUCGUGAUUAUUGGCCCACUUGCAAUGGACCUGAAAUUGUGCAAGAUCCAUUCAUGUUUCGGGCUAAGGGAAGACCUAAGUUCACAUGUAUUAAGAAUGAGAUGGAUGAAGGUGGCAUAGGAACCGUAAGAUAAGGAAUAUGUAAACAAACCGGUCAUAAUAGGGCCACAUGUGCGAAGAGAUCUUCAGGAGAUGGUGGGGGUCCACUUCGUAAGUAUUUAAUUAUUAAAUUCCGCAACUCAUAGUAAUGUGAAUUAUAAAAUAAUGAUUUCAAAUUAUAUUAAUUACUAACUAACUACGUUUUCAUUUUUUGUGGGCACUAUAGAGGUAUCAGCGGGUCCAGGGCUGAUUGAAGACCAAGACUUGAGGCGGACACACUAAGGGUCCCACAGGGUCCCGAGACCCCGUGCACCUCGAAAAAAAUACCUAUAUAUAUUAUAUAAAAUUUAUUAUUCAAUGUAUAUUAACACAAAAACGACCUUAGAACCAAAAGAAUUGAUCAGUGCAACGGUGACGGGUGCUUAUUCCAAAUAUGAGGUCGUGGGUUCGAAACCUGGCCUAUUCGUUAUAUUUCUUUUUUCAGUGCUGGGCUUAAACAAUGUAUACGAAUUUCCAACGAAAACUUCAACUUGGUUCAUUUAGCUCAUUGGUUGAGCAUGUCCUUCUUUGUCCCA